AGACUAUAAAUCUUCGUUCAUCAUGUUCAUGCAAAGGGCUGACAGCUCGUCAAUUUCAAAUAGUGUAGUUAGAGGUCAAAGCUUUAUCUAUUUGCUAACGCGGUCAUCGAUGCGAGAUACUACCUUCGAUGACUUUAUUUUUUCUUAUUACAAAUUUGGUGCUGCAAAAUAUUAUUUGGUUAGCAGUCGUAACUAAGUAAAUUUAUAACAUUUUAUUUUAUUUUAUGAAGUUUCAUUUGACGACUUCAAAGCGAGAGAGAAAGACCUACCUGCCGCGUCAGUAAAUGUCUUAAGAUUUAUUCAAUUCAUCAUUUUCUUCCCAGAUGCGCAUGUUCUAGACAUGGAAGAGGUACUCCGAUUUUCCGUGUGGGAUUAUGUCGUGUUCGGCGUCAUGCUCGUGCUCUCGGCAGCAAUCGGCGUUUAUUCGGCAUUUUCCGACGGACGUCAACGAACCUCCGAAGAAAUAAUCCUGGGCAAUCGCAAGUUGAAUCCCAUCCCCGUGGGACUUUCGAUCAUGGCUACGCUCAUCUCGGCUGUAGCGAUCAUUGGGACACCAGGCGAGAUCUAUAGCUACAACACGAUGUUGAUGUGGGGCUUGGUAGCCUAUGUUCCUGCCUGCAUCCUCGUAGCGCUUCUAUUCCUACCGUUGUACUUCCGAAUUCAAAUUACCAGCGUUAAUGAGUAUUUGGAGUUACGAUUCAACAGAGCAUUGAGGGUUCUCGCCACCUGUAGCCUGCUACUGUCAACCGGACUCUAUAUGGGAAUAGCUACAUAUGCCCCAGCUCUUGCGAUAAGUGCAGUUACUGGAAUGAGUUUGUGGACAAGUAUAUUAACAACAGGAGCAGCAUGCACAUUCUAUACUUCGUUGGGUGGAAUAAAGGCAAUAGUUUGGACGGACACAAUGCAGUCUGUAAUCAUGAUUGCGGGCGUUGUUGCAGUGAUUGUCAAGGGAACUUUCGAUAUCGGUAGCAUUGACGAAGUCUGGAGACGCGGGGUGGAAGGAGAGAGAAUACGAUUUCUCGAGCUUAACCCGGAUCCUACUAUUAUAUACUCUGUCUGGACUGUUCUGAUUGGAUUGUCAGUAGGUCACGCUAGACUUGGUAUUACUCAGAUCAUGGCCCAGCGGUUGAUCUCCUGCGGUAACCGGAAUAAAGCCGCUCAAGCACUCUUCAUAUCGACCAUUGGCUAUUGUGUCCUCAUGCUAUUAAUGGAGAUAUCAGGUGUAGUGAUGUACGCAUAUUUCUACGGAUGUGAUCCCCUUACUUCAGGCAGGGUUCAGUCUCAAGAUCAGAUAAUGCCCUUGAUGGUGAUGGAACUGUUUAGAGACAUGCCAGGGAUACCAGGAUUGUUCUUAUCAGCUGUUGCCGCCGGUUCACUAAGUUCUCUGUCGUCUGGAAUGAAUGCUCUGGCUACAGUGACUGCUGAGGAUAUCAUAAAACCUUUAUUCCCAAAGAUGAAACCAGGUCAUUACGCAUGGCUUCUUAAAGGAUUGACUGUAUUUCAAGGCGGAACAACACUUAUGUUUGCCUAUUUAACAGGACUGUUAGGUACAGGUGUCGUACAGGUUUCUUUUUCCGUGGCUGGUAUACCCGUCGGAUCACUCCUUGGGGUCUUUCUCCUCGGAGUAUAUUUCCACAGAUGUAAUGGAAAGGGUGCUUUGGCGGGUUUCCUGGGGAGUAUAAUGUUCGUUUGUUGGAUGAGGAUUGGGGCCAUCUUUCACCCCAAUAGCAGAGGAAGAAGCCCGGUUUCCAUCGAUGAUUGUCCCUCUCUUAACGAAUCAACGACAGAGCUUUUCACCUCUAUGGGGUCAGAGUUCAUGACCUUAUCAUCUGACCCAAUGCAGAGUGCAGCAACCACGGUGGUUCCGGAAGAACCCUCUGGCUUGGUCCACCUCUACCACGUAUCAUUCUACUAUUACUACCCCAUUGCACUUAUUCUGACGAUUGUAAUAGCCAUGGUAGUAAGUGCAAUUACAGGUUUCCAAGAUCCUUCCACCAUUGAUCCGAAUCUGAUAGAGCAUUUUACAGAUGCCCUCUUUUGGUACUUACCGGAAUCCGUGAAGUUUAGGAUGCGCUGUGGAAGUCCUCCAAUCAAACGAGAUUCUCCACCUCCAUGGGAAACCAAAGAAGUAGAUACUAAAGAAGCUAAGGUGAAUGGAACAGAAAUGAAAGAAAUCAACGGACAAGGAUUCAAUAAUUCUUUCAUGAAUGAUGAUGAACAAAAUGAGAUCUAGACCAAAAGACAGAAAUUAAGGCCUCGUGGCAUUGAGAAUGUCCAUGUAUCAGCACGACAUUCAUAUAUGACUGACUUAAUUGCAACUUCUGAACACGGUUCGAUUCAUUUAGUAAAUGUAUUACAAAAAUGUAGGCCUAUGCAAAAAUGUAUCUCAUGUAUAGCAACAAUUUUAGCCCUAUGACAACCGUGGGAUAAAACAUGUCAAUUCAGAAAACAGAAACAAACACGAGCCUACCGCUCGCUGUAUUAAAAGUUGCCGUCGUAGACUUUUAUCAUAACUGCAAUUAUAAUCUAUAUUUAUAAUACAGUCAUUAUUACUAAGAUGCACCUACCCGACAUUUAUGCUAAUGCUGACAGAAUAAUUAUUCAUUAUGGUAUUGUAUUUACUGCCUAAAAACAAAUAAUUUCAGUAUAAACAUUUUUGUGAAUAAUUAGGAUAUUUUUCCGUAAAUAAUGUAAAUACGUUCACUGAAAAUGGCCGCAAUUGUCUGUAUCAGUAAAAAGUAGAAUUAAUACUGAAUUUUAUGCACAAUAUUGUGAAUUUGUGAUUUAGUCAAAAUUAUUGUUCAAGGACGUUCCACAGUUAAAAGGAAAUUCAUGUCAUUUCAACAAAAUUUUGCACAGAGUUACUUUAGCACCUUAUUAUUCCAGAUAUACACAAAUUAACGUUGGUUCAUGUGCUUGAUUUUUUUGCUAUCGAGCUUUGAAGUUCUCCAUUUGCAAGGUCUCGAGAAAUACGCAACAAAAAUAAUUUUGCGUUUUAAAACCCCACGAGAUCACAACAUUGAGUGCAAACCUCUAUUAAUCAGUCACAAUCCAAGUAAAUUUCACAAAAUUUUACAUUGUACUUCAGAAUUAUAUAAAGGAUCCACUCAUAUUGAUAUUCGUCUCUUUAAAGAGAAGGAGCACCUUCAAUUUCAAAAAUAAGGUGUGAAAGGUAACAAAAACAUAUCU